CAAAGAUUUGGACAAGUGGAGCGCCCUUCAGAAAAAUGGGUUUGCUGGCCACAAAUAUCCUUCGAUUUUCCCGAAGGAAAUUCAAUAUAUUGCCUGUAUCGUGUUGCCAUGGAAGACACCUGUCAGGAGGAACACAGCGCAAGACUGUGAGGAUUGGCUGUGCUAGUGGGUUUUGGGGCGACACACCAACAGCGGCACCACAGCUCAUCCACAAUGGAAAACUUGACUUCCUCAUGUUCGACUACCUCUCCGAGAUCACAAUGUCCCUACUUACUGCUGCUCAUGCAAAGAAACCGGAGUUUGGCUAUGCUCCAGAUUUUGUCCUCUUUGCCAUAGGACCACAUUUAAAUGAAAUAAAAAGAAGAGGCAUUAGAGUACUGAGCAAUGCUGGAGGCAUCAACCCUGAGGGCUGUGCUAUAGCCUUAAGACAAGCUGCUGGCAAGUCUGGUGUAGAUUUAAAGGUGGCAGUUGUCACAGGAGAUAACUUAAUGCCCAGGAAGGAGGAGUUGGUAUCGUCUGGAGUGCCAGAUAUGAAGAGUGGCCUUCCACUGCCACAAACUGUCCAUAGCAUGAAUGCUUACCUUGGUGCUGGUCCAAUAGCACAUGCUCUGGCUGAAGGUGCUGAUAUUGUAAUUACAGGAAGAUGUGCUGACAGUUCCCUUGCCCUAGCACCACUCAUGCAUGAGUUUGGUUGGCAGUCGAAGGACCUUGAUCUACUUGCUGCAGGAAGUCUUGCUGGUCACUUGAUUGAAUGUGGAGCACAGGCAACUGGUGGUAUAUACACUGACUGGCAUACAGUUCCAGACUGGCAUAACAUUGGUUUUCCUAUAGCAGACGUCUCAAACACGGGCACCAUACUUAUCACGAAACCCUCUGGGACUGGUGGCAUAGUUAACUGUGGAACUAUUGCCGAACAGAUGCUCUAUGAGAUUGGCGACCCUCGUGCUUACAUACUGCCAGAUGUGGUGUGUGACUUCUCUAGUGUGAAGCUGAGUCAAGUGGAGGAAGGAGUAGUUGUAACUGGAGCUAAGGGAAAGCCUCCCACAGACUCAUAUAAGGUCAGUGCAACAUACAUGGAUGGUUACAAAAUGACAGCUGUGUGCUGUAUUGGUGGCCCAAAGAGUAAAGAGAAAGGCAAAAAGACAGCGGAGGCCAUCAUAUUGAGAUGUCGUAAUAUUUUCAAGAUGUUGAAAAUUCCAGAUUUUAAAAGGACACACAUUCAAAUCUUGGGAGGUGAAGACACCUAUGGAUCACAUUCCAGUUCUGAUGAUGGUCCUCGAGAAGGAGUAAUUUGGAUAUCAGUUCACCAUGCUGACAGAAAAGCCUUGGAACUUGUCUCCCUAGAAAUUGCAGCUGCUGGCACUGGCAUGGCCCCAGGAUUAACAUCUAUUGUAGGUGGCCGACCCAAACCAUCCCCAUUGUUGCAUCUUCACUCAUUCUUGAUAAUAAAGAAUGAAUGCAAGAUAAAUAUCAGCAUGGAUGGAAAAGAUAAAGUACAUUCCGAGUUAUCAGAGUAUUGGGUCCCCUCAGCCACCUAUGACUAUGCUGACCAGCCUGUUUCCCAUGUGUCAGGCUUGAUCACAGGUUCAAAAAGUUAUCGCCUAGAAGAACUAGCUAUCACUCGAAGUGGAGACAAGGCUAACUCUUCUAAUAUUGGAGUGAUUGCCCGUCAUCCUGCAUUUUACCCUUACCUGAAACAAGCUCUUACAUCUCAGUCUGUGGCUGAUUAUUUCACUCAUGUGUUUCCAGCUGAUGUCAACCCUGUGGAGUGUGUUAAAAGGUAUGAAGUUGAUGGAAUCCAUGGCCUCAAUUUUGUUCUGGAAAAUUCACUUGGAGGUGGUGGUGUAGCUUCACUUCGCUCUGAUCCUCAAGGUAAAGCAUUUGGCCAGAUGUUACUGGACUUUGUUGUAAAAGACAUGCCAGACAUUGAAACUCUAAGCAAAGCAUAACAGUCCUUUGACUUGACAGUAAAUAUAACAGAGGUUCAAAGAGUGGUUUGAAUUCUCCAUGUCUUUGCCAGAUAUACUUUUGUAGUAGGAUUUUUUAAUGAGAAAUUUAUACUACAGUACACAGCCUCUCCUCACUUAGCGACGUACUCAUUUACCGAUGAGACGGACUUACAAUGGGCUCUCUGACCAGUAUGCAUACCUUAAUAAUGUAUAUUAGAGCUGAUUUCCUCUGUUCUGUUUGAUACAAUAUACAGUACGCUACUGUAUAAACAUUUAAAAAUACAGUGGACCCUCAACCAGCGAUAUUAAUCCGUUCCUGAGAGCUCAUCGUUAGUCAAGUUAAUUUUCCCCAUAAGAAAUAAUGGAAAUCAAAUUAAUCCGUGCAAGACACCCAAAAGUAUUGAAAAAAAAAAAAUUUACCAUAUGAAAUAUUAAUUUUAAUACACACAAACUGAAGAUUACAUGCACAGUUACAUGACACUUACCUUUAUUGAAGAUCUGGUGAUGAUUGAUGGGAUGGGAGGAGGGGAGAGGUGUUAGUGUUUAGAAGGGGAAUCCCCUUCCAUUAGCACUUGAGGCAGCAAGUCUUUUUCUGGGGUUACUUCCCUUGUUCUUUUAAUGCCACUAGGACCAGCUUCAGAGUCACUGGACUUCUGUCGCACAACAUAUCUGUCCAUAGUUACCUGUACCUCUCGUUCCUUUAUGACUUUCCUAAAGUGGUUCACAACAUUGUCAGUGUCACCAUUAAACACUUGUUCAGGUUUCAGUCCUUCACUGUCUAUGUACUCCUUGAAUUCCUGCACAUAUUUUUCAGCUGCUUUUUGGUCCAAACUGGCAGCCUCACCAUGCCUUAUCACACUAUGUAUGCCACUACGAUUCUUAAAUCUCUCAAACCAACCUUUGCUGGCCUUAAAUUCACUCACAUCACCACUAGUUGCUGGCAUUUUUCUAAUUAUAUCGUCAUGCAACUUCCUAGCCUUUUCACAUAUGAUCGCUUGAGAGAUGAUAUCUCCUGCUAUCUGUUUUUCAUUUAUCCAUACCAAUAACAGUCUCUCAACAUCUAUCACUUGCGAUCUCAGUUUCGAAAACAUAGUUGCACCUUUGGCAAGAACAGCUUCCUUGAUUGCCGUUUUCUUGGCCACAAUAGUAGCGAUGGUUGAUUGGGGUUUUGUGUACAGCCUGGCCAGCUCGGAGACACGCACUCCACUUUCAUACUUAGCAAUGAUCUCUUUCUUCAUAUCCAUAGUAAUUCUCACCCUUUUUGCUGUAGGGUUGGCACUAGAAGCUUUCUUGGGGCCCAUGGUGACUUAUUUUGCAGGUGCAAUCACUAAAAAGGCUGUGAUAAUAUGAAAUGUUCCGAUUGUAUGCUUGGAAGCGACCGCGGUGGCUGGCUGGCUUGUAAACACUGGCCAGAAGUGGACGCGUCUCAGACGGAACGAAUAGUGUUGGUCGAGUUUUUUAGCGCUAAUCGAGGCAAAAUUUUUGCGAUAAAAUGUAUCGCUAGUCAGAUUUAUCGUUAAUCGAUGGCAUCGCUGGUCGAAGGUCCACUGUAUACCAAAAAUGUUAUAAAUGGUGCAAAUGUGACAUUAAAACAAUAUCAAAGAUGGUUGACAUAAAUCCACUAGAGAAGUAUGUUCAGGUGCCCUUACCAAACGAAUUUGUUCCCAUAAGGAAUAUUGUGAAUUAGAUUAGUCUGUUUCAUACCCCCAAAAUACACGUACAAAAACACUUACAUAAAUACACUUGCAUAAUUGGUCGCAUUGGAGGCUGAUCGUAAGGCGGGGGUCCACUGUACUAUUAAAGCAUGCUCCUUAGUGACGAAUUCGUUUAUCGAUGUAGUUUUAGAAACGGAACUCCAUUGUUAAGUGAGGAGACGCUGUAUAACUUUUUAUUUAUAUUCAAUAUUAAAUGCAUAUCAACAUAAGAUACUUCAUUCUUCAUGUAUAUUUAUUAUUUUUGUUAUUUGCAUUUGUAGUGAUCUGUUUAAUCAUUAAUUUUUUUCACAUUGUCCUAAAUAUGCACAAAGGCAUUUUAGCCAGGAAUAAGGAGAGAAUAAAGAAAAAUGUUUCUCUGAAUUUUCCAAUGGAAAGCAAAUACAUGUAUGUUGUAGACAUUGAUAUGUAAAGUUUGUAGAAAACAUAUAUUUGAAGCAGACGUUGCUAAGGUGUGCUAGCACCUUAAUAUAAAAUAAAUUAUAUAAAAUAUAUUCAAGUUAAUUAAGCAAGGUUUGAUUUAGGGAACUGUACUGGAUUAUGGCUGUAUCACUGUUGCCUUCAUGGGUUAGAUAAGCUAGGAUGAAAGUCAAGGUUUAUAUGAAUAUUAAAUAAAAAAUCAUAUUUAUGGUGCUGUUUUUUUUUUUUUUUUUUUUUUUUUUUACACCACUGGCCGUUUCCCACCGAGGUAGAAUGUUGUAUUUAUGUAGAUAAAAACACCAUGCCUUGGUGAAAGACAGCCAGUGUAUUAAAAAAAAAUACCAAGCUGUUAUUGCUGGAUAAUAGAGUAAAAUCUCUAGAUUUAGAGUAAAAUCUCUAGAUUUUUAGUCCUUUUUUUUUUUUUAUACAAUAAUGAUACUAGAACGUAACUAGGCAGCUGCUAUAUUUUGUUGUACUGCCUUUCAUUUCUGCUCAUUACACAGACCAGAUUAAGAAAAAGUUACAUAAUGUAUGUCUUGAUCUUCAUAUUUUAAUAUCCAUUAUGUAAUAUUUUUGAUAAUAUAUUUUUUUGUAAUUUUCUUAAAUUAAAUUUUUUUUUGACAGCUUGUACAGUGUUAUUUAAUAAAUUUUUCUAGUUAUUAAGCAAAAAAUCUGUACAAAUUAUGAGACAAAAAUAUUUACUAGGUUUUAUCAAUAUAUGGUCACAUACUGUGUAGACCAUGGUGCUAUCUUUUAUAUGAACUUUGUAUUACAAAAAAUAAUUUUUAAAGAUCUUAGAAUGCAUAAUUGUCUUUGUGUAAUGCAAAUAUCACUGCCAUGGUGGGGAUUGGUAACAUUGGUGUUAAAAACAAGCUUAGCAGGAUGGUAUAAACUUUGGUAAUAGAUACAGACAUGUUGGCUUAGAAAAACAUGUAAGCAAACACUAGAACAUAUUUAUUAGAAAAUGUUUUGGUCCUGGGACCUUGAUCAAGGUCCCAGGACUAAAACAUUUUCUAAUAAAUAUGUCCUAGUGUCUGCUUACAUGUUUUUCUAAACCAAACACAAGUCUCCACAAUACUACUGGUAAUUGUAAUUUGGCUGUGUAUACAUGUGCUUUUGUAGUUCACUGUGGGUGUUAUGGAGAAAAAAUUACCAGCUCAUUGAAGUAGAAUUAUUAUGUGUCUUUGGAUUUGACUAAAUAUUUUACAAAAUAAUAUACGUUAUGUUUUCUUUUAUAAAUAAACUACCUUGUCAUUUUAUCUUAGGAUUUACAAAUUAGGCUUAAAUAUUAUUUCUUAGCAAAGGUCUGAGAAAUGUGUCUAUGAAUAAUUGCAAAUGCACAAUGUACUGUGUUUACAAAUCUGCCAAAUUGACAAAUAAAAUUAUAUUUUUUU